AUUCAAUAUUUUCGUUUCAGGUAGAAAUAUGUUUAUUCUAAUUCCCAUUAUUGCCAUGAUACCAUUUUACAUUCACAUUAAACUUGUAUCCUUGAAGUUAAAGAUAAUUUGAUUCUAUUUUUAUACUUUCUUUUUGUCAAAAAAAAAAACAAGAAGAAAAGAAAAUCGAAAUCAUAUACCUAGAACUUGACUAUUGUCCAGUUUAACAUCUUGACAAGCAUCAAUCAACUCGAAAAAUUCCUCCGACGUUACUGACUAGCGUCCAUCUACCUGUUCCCCUACUUGAUUUAAGUAGUUUGUCUACAAACUGAAAGAGGAGCCCAGAAUACCAGUAAUGAACGGUAGAGCUUGAACUGAGAGUAGAUAGCGGUAGUGUUUUGCUGUGUGAUUGUGAAUUACGAAUAACCAUGAAAAUUUGUCUUGUUUUGUUCUUAGUGCUUUGUGUGUCAUGCAUUGCAUUAGCAGAGCACAAAACUUCACACUCAUCAGUGCAGGGACAAGGACAUGAAAAUAAGGGAGGACAUACAUCUGAAAGGAAACAUGGGAAAUAUAGUGGCAAAAGUAGCAAACACGACAAUGAACAUGUAACUAAAGGAGAAGACUUCGAAGAUUUGCAUAAAAAGAGUAGUUUAGAGAAAGGAGGAAAAAAAUCAUCACAUUUCGAUGAAGAUUCCUAUAAAUCAUCGCAUAAAAGUGGGGGCGGUUCCGGUCAUGGCCUUAAAUAUGAGGAGGGGAACAAACAUCAUAAAGGAAAUUAUUUAAAGGGUUUCCGAGAAAAAUACCACAAAGACGAGUCCAAGAAACACGAUAGUUUCUUCAGCAGUGGUGAAAAAGGUGGUCAAUAUGCAAUUUUUGGCAAGAAAAAUAGUAAAUACUCAUCGGAUAGCUUUUCGAAGAAGAAGGGCAAUAAUCACAAGAAUUCCGCUUCUGCAAAAUCUGGAGGAAAAGCUUACAAGUCAGGAAAAACUCAUCAUGUAUCUGAUUCCAAAGGACACCAAGGUCAAGGAGGCUUUGAAAAACACUAUAAAAGUGGUGAUACAUUUGGCAAAAAACAUUCCUCUCAUGGAGGCAAAAAAUACAAAUCCCAUUCAGUAUAAUUUAAAAAAAUUUUUGUCAUGUGAAAACAUAAAAAGUAUUUUGUUACUUUGUUACUACAGAUUAAGUCGAAAAUAAAUUUCUGACAAUUUUUAAAAAAGAGUAAAUGGUUAAUACUAUUUGUGUUUUACUUACACAGUUUCUUCAAUAAAAAAUGUUCUAUGAAUUAUUUUUAUUUAUUAUUAAGACUUUGUAGAAUGUCUACAGCAUUACGAUGAAUGAAGUAAUUUCGUGUAGCUUAUUACCUUUUCAUGUUUGAUGUUCUUAAAUCUACAGAAAAUUCUUUUAGACUAAAUACCAAUUCUUUUGCAGUUCACACAAUCAUUGAUUCGUUAUAAGAAUAAUAUCACCGCUUGUUAUUGGUAAUUUCCUUUUAUGUGACAGUAAAAAAUGUUUUACAGUGGUAAUGCAUUCAUCAGCAUACAUUGUUAUUCCUUUUCAUAUUUCUUAGAUGAAAUAUAUAAAUUAUAUAAAUGAUUAUUUUGAAUAGACUGACUAUCUUAUUAUUUAUGAUACUGGUAACAUUUGAACUAAUAAGUAAGAAAUAAAUAUAGAACUUCAAACAGUUCAUUUCAUAAACUAAUUUCACUUGAAUUUUAGAUAAAUUAUAUUAAUAGGCGAUUUUCUAAAAGCUAGCCUACUGAUAUUUUUUAUGUUUUGCUUUACAUUCCUUUUUAUGCUAUAGAUAAUACGAACUCAGCAUGUUAGUUGAAAAAUACUUUUUUCGUAAGACCUUAGUCAGAUUUCGAUUAGUUUCAUUAAAUUAAAUGUUAUCAUUGAUAGACAUUGAUGAAAUUGGAGUAAAUCUUAUGACAUGAUACAUUAUCAAAACUUAUUUUCGAAAAUGAAUAUGGAGUAGCAAAAACGUAAUAUUGUAUUCUUAGUAUGGCGACAUAUGGAAACUUAGGUAUUAAUCUUAUAAAAGGAGAGUAUUCUUUAUAAAAAUUAUAAGCAUCAAAACAUAGUUAUCCAUUUCAAUCAACUUCUUAUAAUAAAUGUAUCCAAUUCUUAUAAAUAUAGAUUACAGAUAAAGAUGUAAAUCGAUUAUCUGAAGAUGAAAAAAGGUAAACUGUCGAGAACACCUUAGGUAUAAUAUACUCGCAAUGAGGAAACAUUCUAAAAAUUCUGAAAAAUCUAGAUAGAUAGAAGCUAAUUGAUACAAGAAGGACAUAUAUUGAGUGAUUUUAAAUAUAAAACUCUUAGAGGAAUGACAAAGAUACAAACAUAAAGUAGGACAUAGCCAGCACGUAAAAACGUUCAUGUCCCAUAGAUAUCAAGAAUUGGCGUGGUGUUACAAACAUAGGAACAAUAUAAACAAUAUUAACAAGAAAUAUUGAAUAAUAUACGGGUGGUCCAUAAAUAUAAGAACUUGGUCAUGAGAGGUUAUGUAGAGAAAAAUAUGACUAUAGGAACAAGUAUAUCUAAAUAAUAUUAUGGAAUAAGAUGAAUGAUAUUCAUUUUUUUGACGUCUAUGUGUGUUAUUGAAAUUGAAGCAUAGCUCUGAACAAGAAAAAUUAUUUUAUAUAUUUUCAUAGAUUUGGUUAAAGUGAACGCCAUAUGAAUGGGUAUGAAAGUGGCACCAUUUUUAGUCGAAAAUUUUUAGUAAUGUUGAUUCGGAAAUAUGACAUUUAUAUUAUUUCCAUGUGAUAUGUGCACUUCCGAUUUGGAACGACACGUGUUUUAGAAAAUAAUGAUCGAACAGAUUAGAGCUUUUGAAUGAGAUUUGCAAAAUAUAAUACUCCUAUUUCAACAAGCAACAAUCUAACUUAAAAAAAGCAAAUUUAAAUGAAAUUUCUAUGUAGCUACUUUUGACGUUUGUUUGUUUGUAAAUGACUUUCAUUUCUUCAGAGCUAAAAGGGCUAAAGUGGUAACUUUCUUUCAUGUGGUUCUGAUAAAAAAAUGACUCACUUCAAGCGAAACGUUUUCAUCGACUGGAAACAAAAUUUCACCCUUUUUAUAAGGUGUUGUUAUUUUCAUAAGAGGACCCAGUUCCGCAGGAUGAAAUAUAUUUUCAGAAGUUACGGUGUUUGAAUACCUUCUGACUGUAUGUAACAAACUAAUAUAUUCUAUUUGUAAUGUUAUUGAGUAUACACAAAGUAUAGUCCGAAUUUCUUCAUUUGAUAAAUUAUGUCCCCCACGUGAGAAAAUGUAGGAUUAUAUAUAAAACAAUAAUUCUUUGCCCAAAAAUAAAAUUUCAACUACUAGUUUUUGGAGUUAUAUUUAGUCCUAUGUUACGUAAGGAGCGCCAUCCAAAAAAUAAGUAGUAAACUUGGAUGGAAAGUAUUGUAGGUUGAUAAUAAAACAAUGACCAUAAAAAUAUCUUUCCUGAU